AUGUACCCCUGCUUCCUGUACCCCUACUCCCAGUCUACCUGCCCUGUACCUCCUACUCCCACUACUCCGCUCCCGUGGUACCCUACUCCCGCUACCCUGCCUGUUCCUCACUUCCUGCUCCCUGCUACCCUGCUCCUGUACCCUACUCAUGCUUACUCCGCUCCUGCACCCUACUUGCGGCUACCCCUCUCCUGUACCCUACUCCCCUACUCCGCUCCUGUACCCUACUCCCCGCUACCCUGCCCCCUGUACCCUACUCCCAAGCACCCUGCAACCCUGCUCCUGUACCCUACUCCGCUACCCCUCUCCCUGCACCCUACUCCCUGCUACUUCGCUCCUGUACCCUACUUUAGGCUUGUGCUACCCCUGCCUCCUGUACCCUACCUGCUCGCUACCCUGCUCCUGUACCCUACUCCUCUGCCGCCUCCCUGUACCCUACUCCCCUACCCCUGCUCCUGUCCCCUAGUCCCACUACCCUGCUCCUGUCCCCUACUCCUGCUACUCCGCUCCCGUGCACCCCACUCCCUCAAGCUACCCCGCUACCCCACGCUCCUGUACCCUACUCCCGCUGCCCGCCCCCUGUACCCUACUCCCUGCUACCCCGCUCCCGUACCCUACUCCCGCUUCUCCGCUCCCGUACCCUACUCCCGCUACUCCGCUGCCCAGAUACACCUGAUUAUCCAUAGUUUGUCUAUUCCCCUUUCCUCCAUCCCCUCCCCAACCACUCUCAAGCCCCCAGCCUUCCUAAUAAUCCCCUACUUGCCAUCCCUGCCAGUGCAGAUAAAGUCAAUGCUGUGUUACAAUUAUAACUUGCAAUGA